AUGAACAGUCGAAUACGAACAAUUGUGCUGUAUCGCGGAAAUGUGGAUACAUCGAAAUCUUCAAGUUCAAAUUGUUCACAACAGCAGCAACCCUCCAGACACCCAUUGGGUUUCAGUAUCGUAGGUGGCAUCGAUUCACCGCGCGGUCCCAUGGGAAUCUUUGUUAAAACUGUCUUCGCCGAUGGACUGGCUGCCAAAAGUGGCCUUGUUUGUAAAGGCGAUGAAAUUUUGAGCGUUAAUGGAGUGGAGUUGAGUGGGAAGACACAUUCGGAAGCGUUGCAAAUAUUCAAGAAGAAUACAAAAAUUGAUGUAACUCUUUGCAUUCGUCGAAAUAUCCCGAAUUCAUCGAAACAGAACAGAAUUCUCGAUUGUACUAAAAGAACCUUCACAAAUCAAAAACUGACGAUGGCCAAUGGUAGUAGGUAUGAAGGUGCAAAGAAAUGCAUUGUAGAUGGAUCAUUAAUAACAGCAGCAACAACAUCAGCAAGUACUGCAUGCCGCAGAUCUGCGAUUCUGGUUCAAAGUGAACGUCUAAAAAUGCAUGAUAGUCUCGGUGCGAAUGCUUUUGUAAGCGCAAAGCAUGUACUCGACAUUAAGCACGAGCUGAUGCGCAAGGAAAUUAUUCUUCGACGAUCUGCGCCAUCAGAACGCCUCGGUCUUGGGAUCGCCAUUGAGAGCGAUGAUAAUAAUAACAAAGUGAUCUGUGUGCGUAUAGAACAAGUUGAUCCAUAUUCUAUUGCUUCUCGAAGUGGCUUGCAAGUUGGUGAUCGAGUAUGGAGUGUUGCUGGCACCGAUGUCCAUCAGUGCAGUCGAAUUCAAUGUUUGUCACUUUUGCAGCAACCAGCAAUGAGCGUCACUAUGGUUGUUAGUCGGCAAAAUACUUCAUCAUCUCCACAGAAUAGAAGUAAUCGUUGCAUGAUCACCAAUGGAUCUCAAAUUUUCUCCUUACAGAAAGCGUAUUGUCAUAAUUUUUAUGGUCAAGAAAGUUCAGAAAGCUGA